UCUUGAAUCGAAAAAAUCAUACUUCUGUUUUUGUACGCUUUUACAUUUUAUACGCGCUCCUUUCAAUUACCAACACCAAUUAAACUUAUCUUAACAUAACAUAAUUAAUAUGCAAACAUUAACUCCCUUUCGUAAGAUUCGUCAUAUCAAACAACAGUGCGAUCGUAAGACCUAUCGUUUAACAAGUUUUUCCGAAGUAGUAUCGAUAUCUACAUACACAUAUUUGUUAUGUACAAUUUUAAAUGAUAAUUAAGCUGCAUUUAAUCAAUAUACAGUUCAUUUGAUUUAUACUUUUUGUAUAUUUCUUUACAAUCUUUCGUAUAUUAACGACACAAAUAUUAUCUUUCUUUCAUCUGUAUCCGUCAUCUUUCCAUAUCCCUGUUGCGUUGCAUAAUACUUGCAAAAUUUGCAGGGCACAUCCCAGGCUACCUUUCAUCAACGUUUCGUGCGCAUUGAACGUUUUCAUAUGGUCUCCUUGGUCACUGAUCGAUAAUAAAAGUAUGCGAUUCCUAGUCUAGUUGAAAACGAUUAUUUAUUAAUCAUGAAUACGACGCCGAUCGGUAAUGAUGAUGAUGGCGAUGAAAGUAAAGAUGACGAUGACGAUGAUAUGGUCAAAAUAUUACUUGAAAGUAUAACGUCUUCCGAAUGUGAAAAUGUACAUAAUUUUGAAAAUAAUUCCGAAAUAAGUGACGUCGAAUUAGCGAAUAACUCACAACAGUCUAUCACGGGUCGUACGCUGCAUGAAAAAUGUCAAAAUAAAAGUGAUUUUAUGGAAUGCGAUAUCGAAAAUUGUAACGAUAUGUUGAAUUUCAACAAACAGAUAGUCUCCUCUUUAUUGGAUUUAAAAAGGCACCUAACCUUUGCUCUUCAAAAGUGUGAACGAAAAUUGGCAGGAAUAGAGAGAAGCUUACAGAAACGUACAGCUGGAGACACAAAGGUUUUAAUUUGUAACGCUGGCAUGCCUUAUUUCAAAGAUAGAAAUUAUUUCUUUGCUUCUAACAACGAAGAUGAAAUAUUAAAAGAAAAUCACAAAGAAUUACAACUGAGAAGUCUUCCUAAAGUCUCUUCGUGGACAAAGAAAGAAAGAGAUACGUUUUCACAAGCAAUAAAAGAAGAAACCAAAAUUACAGGAAAAAAGAAAGCAAAGAAACAGUAUUCACUUAAAGAUUUAGUAGAAAUGAUUGGCCCACUGGGAGAAAGAGAAUUCGAUUGGUUUAAAAUAUCAUCCGUUCAUUUCGAGGACAUACAUUCCCCACUUGAUUGUCGCGUCAUGUGGAACGUUUUUCUUCAUCCUGACAUCAAUAAGACCUGCUGGACAAAAAUGGAAGAUAAAAAACUCAAGGAAAUUGCAAGCAGAUAUAACUUCCAAAACUGGGACAAGAUUGCCAAAGAAUUAGCUACACGUCGAUCUGCGUAUCAAUGUUUUAUCAGGUACAAUACAAAAGGAUUGCCUAAAAUUAGAAAUUGCACUUGGGAAUAUGAAGAAGAUGAAAGACUUUUAAAAUUGAUAGAAAUAUUUAAGAUCGGUGACUUCAUUCCUUGGGGCGAGGUAGCUAGUUGGAUGCAAAAUAGAACUAAACAACAAGCCUAUUUUCGAUGGAUAUAUAGCUUAGCACCGUAUCUAACAAAAGGUAGAUUUACUAAAAGUGAAGAUAAUAUUCUGAAGGAUGCUGUUAUCAAGUAUGGUACAAAUUUUCGUAAGAUAUCAGCCGCACUGAUGCCUAAUAGAUCUACAAUUCAGCUUCACGACCAUUAUCAAACAUUAACCACAAAUCUAGUGGAAAACUGGAAUCGAUGGACACUCACAGAAGAUGUAAAGCUACUAGACCUGUUUAGACGUAUCGGUCCAAAUUGGUCCGCUAUAGCUAAAGAAUUUACAUGUAAAAGUAGAACUCACUUGAGACAUCGGCACGCAGCUUUGCAAAAGUACAUCAAGAGGGGUGUUUCCCUAUCUGAUCUACAUCAAAAUCAUUGUAAUAACGAGAGUGGAAUAGAACAAGAAGAGAAGGAAGAAGAAUCCUGUAAAGGUAUGUUCGAGUCUAGCAGUAAUGUAACCGAUAUAAAUUGUAACAAAGAUAUAGAUAAAGAGUUACUCGAGUACUUUUCUAUAAAAUACAAAACAGAAUAUAUCAUCGAUAAGCGGAAACUUUAUACUAUGGAAAAUUUGAAACAUGCCACAGCAAACUUAUACAACAUUUUACAAGUACUGAACGCCAAACUUUCUAUACCUGAUGACAUCAGCGAUAUAAAGAUAAACAAGAGGGACCGGCAACUUUUCUAUUCGUUAAGAGAACAUAUAGAAAUGAAAAAUGAUAGGAAUAGGUACUUCGAAGUUAUCGAUAAUUAUAGGUCGCGCAUGUUUGGUACAAAUGUAGCUAAAGAAGAAGGUUCUCAUUUUGUACCUCCAUCUCCUUUCGACUCGCAGAUAAAAUUAAAAAAAUCAAGGAAAUGCCAAUGCAUUGACUAUAAUUUAAAUACAAAGAAUAACUUUUUGCUUGAAGAACCAAUAGAUUUUGAUAUUCCGGACUUUGUAAUUUCUUACAUUGGUGGUAACGAGCAAGAAUUACAAUUUCAAAAACUUAGUCAUUUGCUACGAGUUAAUAAUUCAAGGGGUAAACAACCCCUUAAUGUUCAACACUUUUCUAUAUUACCAGAAGAAACAUUAUUACAACGGCAUGUUAACGAUAGAAAUGAUUCGAUUGGCAGAAAGACACUAAAAAAUACGGAACUGAUUUCCGAUAUCGCUACCACAUCUUUCGAAACUGAAGAUGUUCACUCUUGGUCAGCGUCAGAAUGCAUGAGAGUAACUCGAAAACACGAUACACCCGUGAUAGAUGCUACCCAUGCAACUUUAUUCAGUUUCAAAAAUUUAACGUACCUAAGACAAUUGAAUGGAAAAUAUUGCAGUAGUAAUAGUAGUAGUGAUAGUCUGGAUAAAUUUUUUAUACAAGAAAACAAGUUUCAAGAAGCAUUUCAUUUACUGGAAACACGUUUGGAACAAAUGUUUAAAUAUCCAAUUGGUUUAUCAAAAACUGUAUUGCCGGAAGUUUAUGCGAUGGACACAUUUUCGUACGAUGAUGACGCAUCGGAUAGAACUACUCCCGAAAUGUCUGAAUUAUUAGAAAAGCAUACAACAAAAAGAAAGUUACUAUCGUCGUCAAACAGGAACGGUAAAAAAAGUUUCAGAUGACAACGCGGAACAGACGGGGAUCGAUUUC